AUGACAACGCUCUCCGUGACGAAAGGAACCACAGGCUCUCUGCAGCCGCCACCGACCUUGUUGCAGCCUCUUUGCCAUCCCCGAGUGGACGAGGUGACCAAGGAAGUGGACGGCUAUUUCCUCGAGCACUGGAAGUUCCCCAACGAGAAAGCCCGCAAGAAGUUCGUGGCGGCCGGGUUCUCUCGAGUGACAUGCCUAUACUUCCCCAAGGCGCUGGACGACCGCAUCCACUUCGCCUGCCGUCUGUUGACCGUGCUCUUCCUGAUCGACGAUCUGCUCGAAUCCAUGUCCUUCCAGGAGGGGUUUGCUUACAAUGAGAAGCUCAUCCCCAUUUCGCGAGGCGACGUGCUUCCAGACCGGUCCGUGCCAGUCGAGUAUAUCAUCUACGACCUGUGGGAGAGCAUGCGGGCCCACGACCGGGAAAUGGCCGACGACAUCCUCGAGCCGGUGUUCUUGUUCAUGCGCGCCCAGACCGAGCAGACCCGCAGCCGUCCGAUGGGUCUGGGCGAGUACCUGGCGUACCGCGAGCGGGACGUGGGGAAGGAGCUCCUUGCGGCGCUGAUGCGGUUCGCCAUGGCCCUCGAGCUUCCGGCAUCCGAGCUCAAGCGCGUGCGGGAGAUCGACGCCAACUGCUCCAAGCACAUCUCCGUGAUCAACGACAUCUACAGCUACGAGAAGGAGCUGCACGCGUCGCAGACGGCCCAUUCGGAGGGCGGGGUCCUCUGCACGUCGGUCCAUAUCUUGGCCCAGGAGGCUGAUUUCCCGGCCGAGGCCGCCAAACGCGUGCUGUUCUUCAUGUGCCGGGAGUGGGAACGGCGCCAUCGGCUGCUCGUCAAACGCCUCCGGGCGGAGGGCCUCGAGACGCCCGGUCUGCGCGCCUAUGUCGAGGGGCUGGAGUACCAGAUGAGCGGGAAUGAGCUGUGGAGCAGGACGACAGAGCGAUAUAGCUUUGUUGCGGGUUGA